UCCCGCAUUCUCCACGUGGAAAACACGAACUAAGAGCAUUCAGUUCGGUUCAGUGAGCAAUGGCUUGUUUGGGUUUCUGUGGGGAAUGGUUUCUGUCAACCUGCAGCAGCAAACUCAUAGCGAUCCACACCAAAGAGCCCAGAGAACCAUUUGUGUUUGACUGCAGCCGUGCUCAAAAGAGGAUAAAAAAAGUAAAAGAUGUAAAUAGCAGUGACGCAUCAGAGGACACCGGAAGUGACACGGUCCUUGCUUUUGCAGCGUCUUCAUCUGGAAAAUUGAUGGCAAUAACUGAUGACACCAAACGACUGAUCCUGUUUCAGUGUGAACCUUCAUGGCGUUGCAUUAGCAUCAGGUGGGUGAUUAGGAGCACAUCACUAGUGUUCAGCCAGGGUGAAGAUGAACUGCUGGUGGCGGACAAGUCUGGAGAUGUUUAUUCCUUUUCUGUGGUUGAACCAGAGAAGGACGGUGAGCUGAAGAUGGGUCACCUUUCGAUGUUGCUUGCUGUGACCAUAUCUGCAGAUGACCGAUACAUCAUUACAGCUGACCGUGAUGAGAAGAUCAGAGUGAGCCAUCGCAGGUCUCCUUACAAUAUCCAGUCUUACUGCUUAGGGCAUCACCAGUUUGUCAGCACGCUAGAGAUCCCAAAAAGACAUCCACACUGGCUGCUGUCCGGAUCAGGGGAUGGAACAGUGAAGCUGUGGGAGUUUGAGUCUGGUCGCAAACUGCAAAACUGGGACCUUGGACAGCUUGAAGACAAGCUAUGCUCUGAUACUGCCAAAGGAAAUAACACAGCUGUGUUUCGUAUCUGCAGUUCCCCAGGUGGCCAUGAUGUAGCUGUGUUGUGUGACGGACUGAUGCACGUUUACCUUUUCACCUUGGAGCAAACCAGUGAUGAGAAGCUGAGAUUUCACAGUAAACUCCACUUUUUCCACCGCCCCAUGGACAUAGGCUUUGACAUGAAAGGACAGCUUUGGGUGCUAUUGGACUCCAGUGAUGUUCCACUCCAAAUCCACACAUUCAGAAAAAACUCCUGGGAGUGUGACACUGAGAACAACAACCUCAGAAGAGUGACUGAUAUCAUCAGAACGCAAAGGGGCACACCUGACAAUUUCACAAGUGUCACAAACCACUUUGAGCACCUGUAUAAAGUGAGCUUUGACAACGUGUCAGUGUAUCUGCAGAAAAAGCAGCAGCGGAUUGAAGAGCAUCAGCUGAAGAGGACAAAAGCUCAGAAAGUAAAAUGCAACAAGAAGUCAAAGAAGAAACCUGAUGAAGUUUUGAGUCAGCCUUCUACUGAAGUCAAGAGUAAAGAGAAUCAUUCAGGUUUUGUACUUUGAAUGUGUGCACCUUGCCAGUUUGAUUCAGUGGUUUAUUUUUACUAUUUAACAUUAAACAAAAUUAAACCUUUUUUCUGUUUGGCAUAGUCAUUGAAAGAAACCUGUUAGCCAGUAUUAGCCACACACAUUCUGUUUAAUCAUUAUUGUAUGUUUGGUGCAUUUAAUUGCAUUUCAUUUCACUCUGGGAAUAAUAAAGGAUAUUUUAUUUUAAACA